AACGUUUACCCUGUGUCUCAUAGCGAAUACUGAAUGAUAAAAGAACGUUACGCAAAAUCGACAGCUGAUGAUUGCGAUGUUAUAAAAGGCGGGAGUAAUAAUAAUAUUUACCAGUUCACAAUCACGUGUCACACAAUUCAUUGGUGUAAACGUGCCAUAUUGCUGUUGAAGAUGCGAACGAUCAUAUUGUUGGAAUUGUUUAUGGCAAUUAUAUCAGUCAGUGUUGUAACGCAAACCGAGUUGGCUGUUGAGCACAGUCAAAUGUUCCUGGACCAGCUGGAUCACUAUGGCAAUGUAAAUAUUCUCGAUGACAUUUUGAAGGAAUACUCGCACACCAACGAGAACUGGACGAAUCCGGAGCUCGCACGAUAUGAUCUACAAGUGGUUGCGUUUCUGCGACAGUAUGUCAACAAGGCACAUGAAAAUGCAAUUAACUAUAAAGGCUUUGCUAAGUCUGGAAAUGGUGUUAAGGCACUUACUAACUUUUGUGGUCCAGGAAAUUGGUCUACCAACGGAGAGGUCACUCAGAAUCCGUAUUUUACCAGAAUUGAUCAGUGUUGCAAAAGCCAUGACGAGUGCCCAGUCUACAUUGUAGAACGGAAGGAUUAUGAAAACUUUCCAGGUCUACCAUAUAAGCCACAACUGUUCACUAGAUUGCGAUGUAGCUGUGAUGUUCAAUUCUUCUCUUGUCUUCGAGAUGUGGCCACAUUCUUCUCAUAUGCUGUCGCAUGGAUCUACAGCAAAGUACAAACUUAUUGCAUCGAGUACGAAUAUCCUGUUACGGAAUGUAAACAACAAAUGAGAGAUGUCUUCAUCUUCUUCCCCCGCUGUGUCGAAUAUCAGGUGGAUAACUCCACUUCGAGGAAAUGGCAAUGGUUCAACAUUCCAUAUUUGGGUGCUAAACAAACAUGUUUUCCAAUCGUUUCAUAUCGACCUGAAAUAUUGCGGAACACAUACCAUGUAGAGGAAAAUACAGUGUUCUAA